AGCCCGGCCGGCGGGAUGGCGAGGGAGCGGCGAGCCCGGUGGCCGGCGGCCGUGGGACUCGCCCUGCUGGGCCACUUGUGGGCCGCUGCCAGCCGGCCGGUCCUGGCCCAGGCCCAGGCCCAGGCCCCCCACCCCCACCGCGGCUGGCGUUACGAUGUUGGGACGGGCUCCUCCCGGGCAGAGGAUGAAGUAGAUGUGCUCACAGACGGUCACAGGUGGAAGCGGCAGCUGGAGCCGCCCAGAUCCCUUGACACCAAUCGGGCCGGCGUGGGGCAGGACACCUCUGAGCCCAGGGCCUUCCCGGACCUGAUCCUCGAAGAUGGACAGGACAACAGCACUCAGAUUGAGGAGGACACAGAUCACAAUUACUACGUUUCCAGAACAUACGGUCCGUUUGAUUCUGCAAGCCGAGAUCUGUGGGUGAACAUCGACCAGAUGGAAAAAGACAGAGUCAAGAUCCAUGGGAUCCUGUCCAACACUCAUCGGCAAGCUGCGAGAGUGAAUCUGUCCUUCGAUUUUCCAUUCUAUGGCCAUUUCCUACACGAAAUCACUGUGGCAACCGGGGGUUUCAUAUAUACUGGAGAAGUGGUUCAUCGGAUGCUGACGGCCACACAAUACAUUGCUCCCCUGAUGGCCAAUUUUGACCCUAGCGUGUCAAGGAAUUCAACAGUCAGAUAUUUUGAUAAUGGGACAGCACUGGUGGUGCAGUGGGAUCAUGUCCAUCUCCAGGAUAAUUACAACCUGGGCAGCUUCACAUUCCAAGCAACCCUCCUCAGUGACGGCAGGAUCAUUUUCGGAUAUAAAGAAAUUCCUGUCUCGGUGUCAGCGAUAAGUUCGAUAAACCAUCCAGUGAAGGUGGGCCUGUCUGAUGCCUUCGUGGUGGUCCACAGGAUCCAACAAAUUCCCAAUGUACGGAGAAGAACAAUUUAUGAAUACCAUCGAGUAGAGCUACAGAUGUCAAAGAUUACCAACAUUUCAGCUGUGGAAAUGACACCGCUACCUACUUGUCUCCAGUUUAACAGCUGUGGCCCAUGUGUGACUUCCCAGAUCGGGUUUAACUGCAGCUGGUGCAAUAAGCUUCAAAGAUGUUCCAGCGGGUUCGACCGCCACAGGCAAGACUGGGUGGACAGCGGCUGCCCUGAAGAGUCAAAAGAGAAGAUAUGCGAGAAGACUAUGGAGACAGUUGAAACUUCUCCUCACACUACUACCACAGUCACACAAGCAACUACCACACAAUUCAGAGCUUUAACCACCACACAAGAAACGAGUUCAUCCCAGCUGCCUACCAGCCUGCCAACUGAAGACGACACCAAGAUCGCACUGCACCUCAAAGAUAAUGGAGCCUCUACAGAUGACAGUGCUGCAGAGAGGAAAAACAGAAGUCUCCACGCAGGCCUAAUUGUGGGCAUGCUAAUACUGGUCCUCGUCAUCGCUGCUGCUGUGCUGGUGACAGUCUACAUGUACCACCAUCCCACCUCAGCCGCCAGUAUCUUCUUCAUCGAGAGACGUCCGAGCAGAUGGCCCACUAUGAAGUUUCGAAGAAGUUCUGGACACCCCGCAUACGCCGAGGUGGAGCCCGUCGGGGAAAAAGAAGGUUUUAUUGUUUCCGAGCAAUGCUAAGGAGUCUAGGACCGUGGACCCAGAACAGGCCUAAGGUGUGAAACUUCUACUUUGCCUAUAUCUUUCAAGGAAAGGAGCCCUUCGCUGCUGUAGUCAGAACGAGAGGAGAUUUCUGGAUCCAUCUCGACCGAGAAGGAACAAUCAAACCUUUCUGAGAUGCCGGAUUCUCACUCAAAAGUAGUUUAUCCUGGUGAGAUGGUAGAUGGUCGUUCAUUCACAACAGCUCCGUGGACUUGUGGGAACUGUGACACGACUAUCUUGCUGUUGGCUUAGGUGUGGGAUUGGCUAGGAAGCAAGAGGAAGGAGAAUAAAAGCUUUACUUCCCAAGGGUUCUCACCCCCAUGGUUCAAACAUUUUUUUUCGGGUGCCUGUUACGACUCUGUAACCCUUUCCCGACAAAGAACGACAAUGGGUAUCAUCCAGGUUGCUGAGCAGACCAAUUCACAUAGAUAGGAAUGGACAUACCACCACCCCGCCCCCGCCAAAUAACCAAAUCAUUUUCCAUCAUUUCGGAAGUGAGACCCAGUGGGAGGGAGAGGGAAUUUUCAGGUCCAGAUUCACCUGUUCCCAACAAGUUCAUCACCUUUUCGUGUGAACCAUUUUUCUGUGAACACCUUCCCCUGCUUUGGAGUUAAUUCCCUCUUUUGGCGGGGAUGGGGAGGGUGGCGGUGGAGGGUUCCUAGGUUUUUCUAAAGGGAUCGGGGGAAUUCUGAGUGUCUGCAGGCUGCUCUAAAAAUGCCAGAUUCUAAUCUGUUUGGAGAGAUGGGUUCGCUUCUCCUAAGCACAGUGUCAUGGUCAACAAAAGGCACUCCUGGACUCUGGAGACAAAAGCAAUGUGGAGUGUUUCUGAUGUUUUGGAAGGGAGAACAUUGAGAGAUUUCAAACAAGUUGGUGUUUGCUAUUUCACCAGGUUAGUACUGAUUGCUGAUUCUUCUGAAGAAACCGAUAGAGAUCCACCCCCCCAAACCCCAGGCAUAAAAAGAUUGAAAAUCUUUAUCAACCCUGCUGAACCAUACAGUAAUUUUGUUUAAAGCAAAUAGUAAUUGCAUAAAUAAAUAUAUAUAUAUAUAUAUAUAAAAAGUAUAUUUUUUUUUAUAGCUAACACAAGGCAGGCUCUUGUGACUGUUAAGACUGCUAUUUGUCACCUGGACAAAGGAAAUGGAUUGCAUUACUGCAUACUUCCAUUGAGUUGUAAAAUAAUCCUUAAUAUUAGAAUAUAUUUUAUGUUGCUGGGAGAGAGUGGUUGGUUCAGAUGCAGGACUCUACACCGUCCUGAUGAAUUAAGUCACUAUCCAGUCUCCACCUUCUCUCAACCAGACAAGGUAAAGAUGGUGUCAAACGUUCCUGGAUUAUAAAACCGCGGCAGGAACGUUUCACUUCGGACAUGUCAGUCCUACUGCUUUCUCUCCCUGAAUCUUCCUCUCUCCCAUGACAAUGUCCAGCAGAAAAGAAAGAAAAGAUAGUUCUUGAGGAGGAGAGGAGUUAAUAUACACGGAACUUCUGAAGUUGGAAUUCUGGUACUAUGUGUAUCAUAUCCUUGACAAUUUAACCCUCAAAUUCUUUAUCAACUGUACAAUGAAGCCCUCAAUUGUGGUUAAUGUACAGUGUCUCACGGUGGCAGAUUCUUUAAUGGACUAGACUUUCUUGACAGGUUAGAUUGCUGUUUAGACCUGUGUGAGCUUAGUGACUUUCUCCAGUAAGGAAUCGAGUACUGUUGCUUUGGGAAUGUUCCUGUAGAAAGCCUUUCACUCUCUGAAGUUAUCCAAGGUGAGCUUUAACCUUGUCCUGGCCCAAGUAGGAGUCCUUGGUUAGGAAUGUAAAGAAUGGUGACAUGUAAGUCCCAAGUUCAGUGUGGGAGAAAGAUCACCCAACCUCCCUGGUGGAGAAGGUUGAAUUAGGCAGCUAUAACUUGGUGGCUAAAGCGAUUGAAUUCUGAAAAUACAAGCCAACAAUCGAGACAGCCUUCUUUGGGGCUCAAGAUGCUGUAUUUCCAGGAGAUCGGGUGGUCGAUUCAUGUCUUCCUCCAGCAGUAGAUGGACUAACUUUACAAUUACAUCAUGCUACAAGCAGGCUUGAAGGCCUGAUGUCCACCUUAGGAACAAAACUGGACCAUAAAUUAUCUUCUAUACCUUACACAAGAAUUCAGAAGAUGCUAUGAAAAUGCCCUCUCCUCUAGAUAGUGGGGCCUGAGGAGUGUUGGCCAAGGGUUGAAAGAGUCUCCUAAGAGGAGUGAGCUAGUGGGAGAUUUGCUGGGGGAAGACAAAUGUGAUAGUGAAUGGUCCUGCAAUGUCAGGAAGGAUGGGGUAGGCAUUGGAAAAUGGCUGAAAUCUGUCCUAUUCCACAUAUUCCUUUCCCAGGAUCCUCCAUCUUCUCCUGCCGUGCUUGAAGCACACGACGUAGGAAAGAGAGGACUUCUGGAGAGUCUGCAAAAACAAUGGCUCAAGGAACCUUGACCCACUCUGUUCCAAGAGUGGGUGGCAGUAUAGGCAGGGGAUAUUGCCAGGAGAGAGGGUGAGAAAAAUUACCCAUAUACCUAGGGGUGGAAAGGGAGGAAAGAGACCAAAAAUGGAGAUGACAAAAGAAGAUGGGGAAAAAGAGUCCCAGAGAAAAGUUAAGUAAAGAACGCAUGUUUGUAAAAUGAGUCAAGGACAAGGGCAUUUCAGACAUCAGAACAGACUCUUUAAGGGAGAGGAAGGUAGUCUAAGACACUGAGAGGCAGCAUCCUGCCCUCGUGAAUGGGUACCUGGACAAAUGCAGGACAGCAGAUCUGAUAGAGGGCUGGUCCUGUCUCCAUGCUCCUAAACCACCUUAGGACAGAUUUGAGAUUGAGUCUCAUCUCACUAGAAAGAAUCAAGGGACUCAGCCUUCUUGUGCAGGUCAACCUCUCCAAUUUGCCAUUUGUGGUUAACUCUCACUGAAAGGAAGCUUUGGAAACAUUCAGGUUGACCAAGUUCUAUAUUUUAUGGAUUCCUUCCACUCUACUUUUUAACCGAAGAGGCUGUAGGAGAAUCUUUCCUUUCCUGUCCCCUCACAUAACUGAGACAAAGAGCCUUCUAGACACCAGCAAUUUGGAUAUGCCUCCACUGGCACCCUCCAGAAGCACAAGAAAAGUCUAAGUGGCUUGUUGUGGUCCUACCAUUUUCCCUCAUUCUAACUUAACCAAUCCACGAAUCAUUAUUACUAUUAUUUUAAUCACUAUUACAAUUAGUUUUCAACCAUCGGGAAAACGAUAAUGGUCGCGUGAGCUAAUGUUGAGAUGUCCUGUCCACAGGACACUAUGGCAACACAGAAAUCUCUAGAGAUAACCUAAUCUAUCCCCAUUGCCUUUAAAGGAAGAGUUUCUCCAAAUAUUCCAGAGGUGAGCUGCUCAACGAUCUGUAAUGAAAGAGGAAUAGACCACCUCUGCUACGAAUCAGGAAUCCUCAUGAUAAGAGUAAGGGCCCUUAGGAACGGGUGAAAGUGUCUUUGGUGCAUUAGCUGGAUGAUAUGUAAGCCUAGUGAAAAUGAAAAUGCACACAGUGAAUGGGACAAUUCAAAAAACACUGCCAAAGUGGGCCUCUGUUCUUUAGAAGAGUCUACGUAUGAAUGUGGGGAAAAUGAUUGGACGAUAAGGACAGGAUGGAAGAUGAAUAGGCCCCCAGAGAGUAGGGGAGCCUGCUGUGGCUUUUGAGACAGGGAGAAAUGACCCUAACGGGGACAGACCCACCCAAGUCUUGAUGAGGCCAGCCUUAAUCCCUAACCUUGAACCAUUCUGGCUACACCCAAGAGGAUGACUAAAUUAUCAACAGGCUUACCCCUUGGAAUAGGCAAGGAAGGCACAUUUCCCUCUUUCCCUCCCCAGGGGAUCUGAACAAAAAGGAGUGAACCAGAAAUCACAGCCCACACAGCUGGUGGCAGCUGCCAUAGAACUGGGGUCUUGACCUAUUAGUCUCUCUUUUUUCCAUAAAUGACUCUUUCCCUGAAGACUUAGUUAACAGUUCUCCUAGCUGGACUGCCUUGGGUGACCCUCAUUUGACAGUCAGUACUCACUCAAGUGCUCGAUUCAAAAUUUUUCCUUCUCUUUCCUUAGUGUCGGUGGACUUCCAAACCUAGGGUAGUUUCCAAAUUGCUUGAAGGAGAUCCACGGAACUAAAGAGGUUCUGAAAAAAAAAUCACAGGCAGGAGGGUUUACAGGCCUAAGCCUCAAUUCCUCUCAGGUCCCCUCGAACCAGCUAUUCCGGAACUGAUAAGUGGCUUGAAAGGGAUUUGGAUCUUUUUAGAAUGUCUGAUUGAGAAAGGCACACUGACAUGUGUCUUAAGCGAUGACUUCCAUCAUCCAAGUCUAAGCUAGAAUUGGCUGGCUCCUAAAAGCAAAUAUCGCAUUCUGUGGCUGGGCCUGUGAAUAUCAUGAUUUGGAAGGCAAAGGAGGCCUCUGAGCAAUCCCAGCUGGCAGCUGGGAAUCAGAGGAGAGUAAUAACUGGGAAUUUCUGACUAUUUCUGGGGAAUCUUACCAUCCAGGAGGUUUAGCAGACAGGUCUGAUAGCUGAAUGAGAUCUAGCUUUGAAAUUGGAUCUUGUGCAGUCCAGAAGUCCAGGACCUCAGGGUGGCCAUAGCACUGGAGUUUCUGAGAAGGGAUCAAUGUAUGGUUCAAUGAAAUCACGUAGCUUUCUCCUGAGUUGGGAGAGUUUUGACAGGAGGCCUGUGUUGCCAAAAAGGGUGAAAAAUCAUGGAAACAAAAGACACAGCACUUAUAGAGGACCUAUGUGCACAUUUUGCAAAGAUUCACUCUGCCUCCUCCAAAUCUAGUUUCUCGUGUUUCAGGGACUCCUUCCCCGCUAACCCUGGUGAAUAGAGCAGAAUGGAACGCCCCCAAUUCUGAGUCUCCUCUCUCCCUCUCUCUCCCCACAACGUUCCUACCAUCCCGAUGGAAAACUUCCAUUCUGCAUUACGUUCUCUUCUCGAAUUCGAAUGGCCGCUGUUUCCUUGAAUUACCUGAGCCUGCAGAUGUAAAAGCCAUUGUGUCUGUCUGAAUUUGCACUAAUGAGGUUUCAGAGCAAAGGCGGUGUGACCUACAUAGGAAACCUCUAUUGAAACCCAAUAAUGCAGAUACUACAUAUUUCUGCCAACUUCCUGGUUAUUAUUUUACUGUAAGGGUUAAACUAUCGUUACACCUGAAUGUAUUUCAAUACUUAAUUUUAUUUGCAUCUAUUUUUUUUCUCCUUGGGAUUGCUCUAUUGCUGCAAUAAUUCAUGAUUUUUGUUUUCUGAUACGGCUUCUUACACUUACUUUCUUGGUAAGCUCUUUAGGGUCUGCUCUCAAAACAUGAGGCCCAGUUCCUCAGUAGCCAAUGUGUAAAGAAGCCAGUCUCUGGACUACUGGACUGAGUCAGUUCACCCUAAACAUCCCAGAAGCUGGGGUUGAUCAAUUACUUGUGUUCUCGCUAUUGAUUUUUCAGUUUUCAUUCAUUUCAUUUUCGUUUGAAAGUCAGUAAAUUUGGAGUUUUAGGAGGGGAAAAGGGAGAUGUUUAUGUAUUACUGCUGUUACGUUUGACUACAUAUUAAACAAUAAAAGAGGUUUUUUGGGUUUUAAUUUC